AUGGCCUCAAAAACGACUUACGAGCCUCUGCUCAUAACACUAACCUUCACACCAGGCGGCUUCCAGCAGACCAAGAUCCUCUCCAUGGCACCGCAGACAACCCCCUUCACACCACCCACCGACCUCUGCUCCCCCGUCGAUAUUCGGUGUCUCGUAGGCAAGACGGAAGAUCUUACAGGGGACGUCGAGUGCUUGCGGGACCAGGUCGUGGCCGAGACCACGGCCAGCCUACCAACGCAAUGCUUUCCCGAGAGUUACGCCGCAAUCUGGCGACCAUCCGGGAAUACGUUCACCUGCAUCUCCGGCUGGACAACGGCGUGCGAGACAACUCUAACUCUCGAGAGCGCGCAGACGUAUACCCAGACGUGGUGCUGCCCGAGCUCGUACACCUGCCUCGUGCCCACGCCGGGCGGGACACCCUACCGGGACUGCGUCAGUUUCCUGAGCAUGAACACGGAAAUCUGGAUCAACAAUAUCGCGACGAGCGGCGGGAGGGAGUCGACGCUCUGGAGCUCGUGGAGGAAAAUCUCCCUCACCGGUCUCCCGAGUGCUGCCGGGGGACCCCUCUCUGUUAAACAUCCCGUCUUUCCGCUGUACGGCCGUGUUCCUUCCUCUCAGGCCUCUGGCGUUGCUGGAGGGGCAGGUCUUUCGACUGGGGCCGUAGCGGGGAUUGCGGUGGGAGCGGUUGCGUUAGUUCUUUUGCUGCUCGGUGCUGGAUUGUUUAUUUGCCUCCGGAAGAGGAAACAAAAGAGGGCCGCGGCCGCCAUCGCUUCUCAGAGUGAGGGCAAUACAGGCAAUGAAGGAUAUGGGCAGAAAGGUUUCGGGUACGAUGCGAAACAAGAGUUACCCGGCCACGGGACAGAGAUGAGGGAAGUCGGCGCUGCCACGCCGCCUCCUGUUGAGCUUUCGGCGUAUACGAGGGUUGCGGAAGUGGAAGGCACCCGGCCUGUUGAGUUGUCGUGA